AUGGAGUUUGCCCGAAGGUGCCAAAGUCCGCUUGGGCAAAGGUUGGAUAAAACUGGGGAGAUAGCGUAUUCUCCCGACGGUAGUCGUCUGGCGGUUGCAGGAUCCAUUGGGACAUGGAUAUAUGACGCCAAGACUGGCGUAGAACUUGACCUCCUUAUAGGGGUUUCAAGUGUCGCGUUCAGUCCGGAUGGCGCCAUGCUGGCAAGCAGAGCAGAGGGUUUGGAUGGGAGAGAUAGCACGGUGCAAAUCUGGGACGUGGCUACAGGGCAGCUCAAAGCCACCCUCACGAGGCAUACGGACCAUAUCUAUAGUACCGCAUUCAGUCCGGAUGGAACCACGCUUGCAAGUGGAAGCGGGGACAAAACAGUACGGCUAUGGGAUGUUGCCACAGAGCAGCUCAAAGCCACCCUCACAGGGCAUGCAGAGGAAGUCAACAGUGUAGCGUUCAGUCCGGAUAGCACCAUACUUGCAAGUGGGAGUGACGACAAAACGGUGCGACUGUGGGAUGUUGCUACAGGGAAACCCAUAGCCACCCUCACAGAGCAUAGAGACAGUGUCGUGAGCGUAGCAUUCAGUCCGGAUAGCACCAUACUUGCAAGUGGAAGUUACGACCUUACAGUGCGACUGUGGGAAGCACGCACGGGGGAACUUACAGCAACUCUCACGACGUAUACAAGUAGGGUUUCUAGUAUCGCGUUUAGCCCGGAUAGCACCACGCUGGCAAUUGGGGGAGGUUGGCUAGACGGCACGGUGCAACUGUGGGAUGUUGCCACAGGUCAACCUAUAGCGACCCUUGCAGGGCAUGCGGAGGGAGUCGAAAGUGUAGCGUUCAGUCCAGACGGCACUACAUUGGCAAGUGGAGGUUACGACAACACGGUGUGGCUGCGGGAUGCAGCCACAUGGAAACCGAAAACUAUCCUUAGGGAGUAUACGGGCAGUGUCACCAGUAUCGCGUUCAGUCCAGAUGGUACUGCGCUUGCAACCGGGGCAGGUUGGCAAGACCAGAAGGUGCGACUUUGGGAUACAAGGACAGGGCAACUCAAAACCAUCUCUGGAGGGCAUGAGGACGGUGUCAGCAGCGUAGCGUUUAGUCCGCUUGGCAACACAUUCGCGAGCGCAGGUUACGACAACACAGGUGGAGAUUCGCGAUACAAUAGGGUACGACUGUGGGACGCAGCUACAGGACAACUCAAAAACGCCCUCUUAGGACACACAGACUCUAUUUUAAGCGUAGCAUUCAGUCCGGAUGGCAGUACACUCGCAAGUGGGGGCGGUUGGGAAAACAGCCGUGGAAGUUGGCAACAAGACACUGGAAUACGGUUGUGGGAUGUUGACACAGGACAACUCAAGGCUACCCUCACGGGAGCCCCGAACAGUGUUAGAAGUUUAGCGUUCAGUCCAGAUGGCAAAACACUCGCAAACGCGAGUGGAUAUGGACAUUGGGGUACGGAUGGCAUAGUACAGUUGUGGGAUGUUGCCACAAGGCAGCUCACAGCUACUCUCAGGGGCGAUGGGAUCCCUAUCAAAAGUGUCGCAUUCAGUCCAGAUGGCAAAAUACUCGCAAGCGCGAGUAGACAUGGGAAUUCGGGUACGAAUGUCAUAGUAGUACAGUUGUGGGAUGUUGCCACAAGGCAACUCACAGCUACUCUCAGAGGCGAUGGGAUCGCUGUCAACAGUGUCGCAUUCAGUCCAGAUGGCAGAAUACUCGCAACUGGGAGUGGGGCUUGGGAUACGGCUGGUAUAGUACAAUUGUGGGAUAUUGGCGCAAGGCAACUCACAGCCACCUUCACAGGGCAUACGGAUAGCGUCAGCAGCGUAGCGUUUAGUCCGGAUGGCUACACGCUAGCAAGCGGGAGUGAGGAUGGGACAGUGCUCCUGUGGAAUCUCGCACCUCCGACGGAUAAACCGCCGCAGGUCUCCGCCUAUGAUGUCAACCAAGACGGUAUUGUAAAUCUCGUCGACUUGGCAACCGUCGGAAAGCUGUUUGGACAAACAGGGGAAGGGCUAUUGGGAGACAUCAACAGCGAUGGCAUUGUUAACAUCCUUGAUCUGGUUGCGGUCAGCACACACCUUGAUGACACAACGACCCCCGCAGCACCCAUAGCUCAUAGGGGGCAUCGACCAUUUUUCCCAACACCGACUGGUGUUCCCAUUACUCCUCAAACGGUUCAGGAAUGGAUUGAUAUGGCGCACAUGGCAGAUGACGGUUCGCUUACCUUUCGACGCGGUAUGGCUAAUCUCAAUGCACUGCUAGCUAUGCUCACUCCUGCCGAAACCGCACUGCUCCCAAACUACCCCAACCCAUUCAACCCGGAGACAUGGAUACCGUAUCGUCUCGUCCAUUCCGCCGAUGUAACUCUCACGAUUUAUGACACAAAAGGCGUGCCGGUGCGUCGGUUCGAUUUGGGACAUCAGUCUGCGGGGUAUUACACAGAUCGGGCAAAGGCAGCCUAUUGGGACGGUCAUAACGACAGUGGAGAAUCGGUCGCAAGUGGGGUCUAUUUCUAUCAACUCCGCGCAGGGGAUUAUACUGCGUUGCGUCGGAUGGUCAUCCUCAAGUAG